UAUACACAUUAUAUCAGCUUCCUGUCGAAAAAAAAACAAUGGACCAAGAUAAUAUUUGAGUAUUUCAUCGAACCCACUCAACAGAAAUCCAAAAUAUUUAUGAAAUGAAUUUGUUGAAAUAAGAAUGUGACAUUUGCUUAUAAUGAUUCAGAUUUGUUUUUGAUUUUUGUCUUCCAAAAGUGCUCGUAAUUCGGACAAACCGAUAAAGGAAAUGAGGAUGUCAGCAAACACCAUUAAGAUUGCAUGUCUCGUUCUCUGUGCUGAGAGAAGGGUUUAAAGGUCCCCGGCCUUAGACCAAAAUCAUCACUACACCCUCCCUAACUGAGUAACUCCACCCAAAGAUGGCGUUGAACAACCUUCGCUCCCAGAUGCUGUGGGAGAAUAUCCGCAAUUGUGACCUCUCAGCUGUCGUCAACUUGCUGGAGAACGGGACCAUCAACCUUGAGGAGAGAGAUGAGAAUGGGCAAACGUUUCUGAUGUUGGCUUGUCAACAAGGGGAUAUUAGUCUGGUCCGGGAGCUUCUGGAGGCUGGCAUUGACCCUAAUGCCACAGACAAUGACAAUUGGACAGCACUGUUGUAUGCAGCCAAGGAUGGUUACCUGGAGAUCUGUAUUGAACUUCUGGAGCGUGGUGCCGAUAUUGAGCACAGGGAAAUGUGUAACUGGACAGCCCUGAUGUGGGCGUCAUACAAGGGCCGAACCGAAGUUGUCCAAGAACUACUGGACCGAGAAGCCGACCCCAAUGUCAAGGCUGAGCACAACAUGUCAUGCCUGUGUUGGGCUGCAGGGCGAGGCCACACAGAGAUUGUCACAGCCCUGAUAGAGAAGGGCGCAAAGGUCAACUCCACUGAUAAGUACGGAACAACGCCUCUGAUCUGGGCAUGCAGGAAGGGUCAUAGUGAGAUUGUACAUGAGCUUCUCAAUAAUGGAGCUUACGUGGACAACACUGGAAUGGAUUCCUUAACAGCCCUCCUUGUAGCUUCCAAAGGCCAUUACGCUGAGUGUGUACAGGCACUGCUGGAAUAUGACCCAAAUGUCAAUGCAUUGGAUAAGGAUGGUUUUACUGCCCUGACAACUGCUGCCAAGGACGGGUGUGAGGAUAUAGUACAGGAACUGUUGGCCAAGGACGCUUAUGUCAACGUUGUGGAUAGGGCUGGGGACACAAUCCUGAUCCAUGGUGUAAAGGGAGGCUACACCAGUAUUGUGAGAGCGCUACUCAACAGAUACGCUGAUGUGGAUGUGGAGGGAACGGAUCGGAAGACAGCGCUGUACUGGGCUGUGGAGAAAGGCCAUUCUGACAUUGUAAGACUGUUGCUGGAUAAUGAUGCUGAUAUGGAGAUUUGUACAAAGGAUGGGGACACCCCUCUGAUGAGAGCAGUAAGGAACAGGCAUGAGCUCAUUGUCCGACUGCUGCUAGACAAAGGGGCUAAAGUCAAUGUUUAUGACAAGAAAGGAGACACAGCCUUGCACAUUUCCCUGCGAGCCCGUAGCAAGAGGAUCACAGAGCUACUCCUGCGUAACCCCCGCAACUCUCGUCUCCUGUAUCGCCCCAACAAGGCUGGAGAGACCCCGUACAACAUAGACGCCUACCACCAGAAAAGCAUCCUUACACAGAUACAUGGACACAGACAAUUGAAUGCCAGUGAUGGUGAGAACCUAUUGGGUUACGAGAUCUACAGCAGUUCAUUGGCGGACAUUCUUAGUGAGCCCACCCUUAACACGCCCAUUACUGUGGGACUGUACGCCAAGUGGGGCAGUGGCAAAUCAUUCCUGAUAGGAAAAUUGAAAAGUGAGAUGAAAUCCUUCACAAAGGCCAAUGAUGAGAAUCAACUGAAGUUUUCAAUAGCCUUGUUCAUAUUUCUGCUGUUCAUCAAUAUUGUGGUUGGCUUUGUCCUCUCCCUUACUGUCAUGUACCAGGUCGGUCUCAGUGUCGGAUUUGGACUCUUCAUCUGGGAGUAUGGAUUUUUAGGGUUGAUAUGGGUCUUUUCCAACCGGAACAAUAUACGGUUUGCCCAGCGUAUCAGCCAGGCGAUUGGCAAGCGACUUCAGGUGCUUUCUUUGCUGCUACAGGUGCUCUUCUGUAACCCUGGCAACCAAACCUCCUCAGAUGUACCCCUUGUUAAGUUCCUGUUCUCCGAAAGUACAAAGCUGAACAGUGUGGGUGGUGAGAAGGCCCUGGGAGCCAUGGUAGCCGGUCUCAGUGACUCUGUCGAGAAAGAGUUUGGGGUCCUCUCUGCCAGGCUGUUUGGUGUCAUCAAACAGUCUUCUGGAAAGAAUUACAUCGGAAGAUUCAAGACCCUUUGCUGUAUUCCACUAUUUGGACUUGUCAUCUUUAUACUGUUGUGUUUAGCCACAGGGAUAGCCCUUCUUGUUUUGUAUCAUUUUGAUGACGAAGUUAUUAAUGGCGUCAUGGCUGCCACCGCCGCAAUCGUUGGUGGAUCCCUAUUAAUCAACAUUCGUAACUUGUACAAGGCAUUUAAGUCCCUAUGGCGACCACAGAGGAAGAGGAUUAUGAAUGCAGCAGAAAAUGUACAUAACAUAAAGAUAGAUGGUUUCAUGCAAGUGUUGAAAACAGAGGUCAGCUUAAUGAACAGUUUUGUUACAUCUGUUGACAGUUUUACAAAAAACACCACUCGGCUGGUGGUGGUGGUUGAUGGUCUUGACAGUUGUGAACAAGAAAAAGUUCUUCAAGUUUUAGACAUUAUACAUGCUCUGUUUAAUGAGGAAAAUUCGCCGUUUGUUGUAAUCUUAGCUGUAGAUCCACAAAUUAUUAUUAAAGGCAUUGAUCAGAAUCUUAAAUCAGCAUUCCAUGAUACGAACGUUAACGGGUUUGAUUACCUGCGGAAUAUAGUACACUUGCCUUUCUACCUACAAAGCCAAGGCAUUUCUGUCAAGAAACAGGAGCUCACAAAAAGCGUUUCAACUUACGAUGUUGGACAUGAGUCUCCUCAACACAACCACAAGGCGUAUCGGCGUAAAGGCUCGGCGGUUUCAAGGGUGUCAGGGUUUUCUCUGUUCGAGACACCAAUCUACCAGCACCAGGAAUCAACCGUGUCACAGAUCUCCGGUUUCUCUGUAGUCGACCCAAGCGUUAAAAGGGGGCCGAGUCAGCGGCAACGUCAGGACAGUUCCACCCUCGUUUCACACUCCAACUUUGACAUCUCACACACUCUCACAAAGAACGACUAUUUCAGCGAUAUCAAUCCAAAGAGCAUGAGACGACUGAUGAACAUUGUGGCUGUCACUGGUCGCCUGUUACGAGCGUACAACAUUGACUUCAACUGGUACCGCCUUGCAGCGUGGGUCAACAUGGUGGAACAGUGGCCGUACAGGCUCUCCUGGAUCAUUCUAUACUUUGAGGAACAUGACGACCUGGAUGAUGAUGUCACUAUGAAGUUCAUCUAUGACAAAAUUGAAUGCCAGAUGCCCAACUCAAGUGAGGUAGAGCCACUGUUGGAGAUUGACCGUAACGUCCGCAAACUGCAGGCCUUCCUCGGUAGCAAGUCCAGUAGCUCGCCCAUGCUCAACAUUUCUGAUCUGAAGAAGUUUUUGCCAUGUACAAUCAACUUGGACCCAUACCUACGUAAACUCAUUAGAAGUUUCCAGUCCAACCAGCAGCCAGAUAUUACCAUGGGCAUCUACUCUCCUAAACCUCCCAACGGUACACUGAGCAACCAGGAAUCUUUAAUGUCCCCUAGGUAUAGAACAGGUGGGAACUGGACUGCUGGCAAACAGCCAAUGGGAGCGGUGCAUCCCAGUCACAUGAUGCCGUUUGGACCAAUGAUGAACCCCUACAUGAUGGGAAUGCAUGGUGUGCAUCCUUACAUGAUGAAUGGUCAGGGAUUUGGCAAUCCAGAAGCUAGCGAGCAGCUUGGAAGGAAAUCUGGGAGUCCUUCAAAAUUUAUCACUGGCUACAAAGGGGAGUCAUUGUCCAAGCUAAGCACAGAGGAGGUGUCUGCCCUUUUAGAACGUAUAAGUGGACUGAACCCACGCCAGUUGCCCAGCUACCAACAGGCUGUGCUUGAAAACAACAUCAACGGUGUGGUGCUGUCACAGUGCGAGAUAGACGACCUAGGGAAAUGCUUGGAGAUGAAGUUUGGGGACUGGCAGCUGUUUAAAUCUGCUAUUGAGUCUCUCAGGGAUACUGAACUGUAUGGGAACAAGGAAACUGCUGACAUUGAUAAGCCCGAAAGCUCAGGCAGCAGGCAAUAUGGAAGUGAAACAACUUCUGGUAAUAAGUCCAUCAAAUUUAGCAAUAAUGAUACAACUAUAAGCAGAGGUUCAGGGAGUUUUUCUGAAGCAGAUGCUUCUUCUAAGUCUUCAAAGAAUGUAUUCAAGAGACAGAGUACCAUUGAGGUACGAGAUGGCGACGCUGUGCCUGCGUUUGACACCAUAUGUGAGGAAGAUGAGAACAACACCAGCAGGACACCUGAAGUAAAUGAUGAAGAGGUUAUUCUUGAGACAGAGUCACCAAAGAGAAUGAAGAGAAAUGACAGCAUGGUGGCAGAAGCUAUUUAUGAGUCUGGUCUGUUGCAAAAGUUCAUGCACAAUUUUACUGACAAUUUAUCUGAGGGAGAUGAAGAACAGCUGAGUGAUGUAGCUGUCAGUGAAUCUAGUGAUCUGCUGUUAGACCUUAGUGAUAAUGCUGUAGUUAGCAAGCCAAAACAUACCCCUGUGAUGUUCCAGCUUUCUGCAGAUUCCACACAUAGUAGGGACAAUGUUGAUGCUGAUGUUCACAUGUCGGAGACUGAGCCCCUUAUUCAUUCCACUGAUAGUGAACCCCUCAUUCUAAAAUCCUCCACCCCAGUAUUGAAGCUGCCAAGAUUAGAAAAGUCUGGUAUGUCAAUAAAAACGGCUUCAUCUGAAACUGACUUGCAGGAUGUAGAAAAAUCAGAGAGGAAUUCACAAAGCGAGCUUUCACCAUUGAUGCGUGUUGUGAGGUCCGUAUCGACUUCAUCUGUUGGAUUUACUGGGGGUUAUUCCCAGGCAGAAAUGCAGUCUCCUAAAGGCAGCAUGGACCUAGUGUCUGUUGUGGAUGAGACUUCAGAAACCGACCCUGGGGGCCCAGUAGAUGGGCAGACUCUUCAAAAGGAUAUUGCGCAAUACAUCAGUCAGGCUUCAAGUUAUGGGGCAGGUUUGAGCGGAACUGGCAGCCAGGGUGUAGUUGUAAGGCAGAAAGACAAAAUAGAGGGAAAUACACCAGAAGCUUUUGUAUGAUUUUUGCUUUCUUGUUACCUGCAAAAAUUAUCUUUCAAAUUGAUAGGAUAACAAUGCUGGGCAUUUAAAUUUAUAGUAACUAUAAUUCUAAGUUUGUUAUAAAUCCUGCAAGCAGGGCAAUGUAUCUGAUAUGACUGAGUCUAGUUAUAUAUAAUUUUGUUCUGAGUGUUCAAUUAAAUGCCUGUAUUUUGUUUCCAUAUUUGUGAGUUUUCAUCCAAAUAACGAAGAUAAUUUUUGGAUGAUUGUUUCUCUUUGUUUAUGUAGAACUGCAGGUUGUUCAAACAACAGGGUCACUGUUUAUAAUUUUAAAGCAAAAUUAUGCUGUAAGUUUUUUGGUCUUCAGGGAUCUGAACUCAUUUGUCUUGCAUAAGGAUUGAUUGGUUAAGUUCUUAUUUACAGGGACCUGAACUCAUUUUUCUUGUAUUAUGAUUGAUUGUUUAAGUUCUUACAGGCUACUGAAAUGUCUAAAAGGCUCUGUCAUUGUGUUGUUUUCUGGAUAAUUAUGUUGCUUUAUUAGUUUUUUUCUGAUAUGUGCGUAUGGUUUUCUUGAUAUCUGAUUCCAUGUUUACAUUAUUUUUUGGUAAAUUUUGUGAUCACUGUUUUGAUGUGUCUGAAAUCAUUUUUACAGACAUUUUGAACAGUCAGAUUAAUAUUAUAUGUUCAAUAUAUGCUCUGCAUGAGGAUCUGAGGACUACCAAUUGAAGGUCACCUUUGGAUGACCUUUCCAUCAGCCAAUCAAAAGGUCUUUUGAAUCAUUGAAAGUUAUCACAGAAGUUAAAUUCAUCCAUUAUUGAGCUUGGAUUAAUAUUUUUAAGCUUUUAUGCUUUUCUCACAGUGAUUUUUUUGGGUGCAACUUACUGCCUUCUAAAGACUGUUUCCCCUUGCGAAAAAAUGUCCAUUUUUCCCAAAAUUUUAUAUAUUUGUUCCAAUUUAAUUAAUGUAGAUUACGUUAAUGAAUAAAAAAGCAAUGAAUUUCUUGAAAUAUAAACAAAAUCUUGACAAUAGUUAAUCUUUUACAGUAUAAUGUUUGCAUAAAAAAAGUAAGAACAUGUAUAUUUACCAUUAUAUUAGCUAUUUUGGCCGGAUUUUGUAUUUUUCCCAAAGUCAACUUUUUUCGAAUUUGCAAGGCACAGGGCGUAAAAAUAAUUAAAAAAGAAAUCAAUGUCUCAUGUCAGAUACUCCCCAUUCAAUGGUCUCAGAUAGCUUUUAACAUUUAAGCAAACUUUUCAAAUCAAACUCUGUAAUUCUGAAUAACUGGGGAGACACCUGACUAAGUCUAAGGCAUAUUUAAAGACUGUUGCAUCCUAGGUUCGACUUUAAACACUAACUUUUGUCAACAUUUUUUCAUAAAGCUGAAAUAACGCCAUGUGGAGAUAGAAAUAGAUCAUGGCAGUAACUCGAAAGAAAGUCCAGCAGAACAUAAAUUUUAAUGCAUAAUCAUAAUGACCAAGUUUUAUAUAGCAAAAUUGGAAAACCAGAUCAUUCACAAUGCUAGUAUUCAUUUCAAGGGGUCUUCCUCAGAUCUUCCUGCAAGUCAGAAUACAGUCUGCCCUUCUUAUGCAUAAUGUCCUAUCUACAUUCUUGUCACAAUCUACAUUGUUGACACUAUCCACAUUGUUGUCAUUGUUGUUUUUUUGUUUUUAAUCAGGAUCACAAUGUGAUAUAAUUGUUGUAAUCCACAUAUCCCUGUUAUAGAGUAGAUGUUAAAGACCAAGUUAUAACCAGAGUGUUGUAUGAUAAACUCCACAAAGUUGUUCAUAUAAAUGUACUUUCCUUUAAAUGUUGCUAAAAUUGUUAAUAUCUUUACUGUGGUAUUUGUAGAACAAAUUUAUUAUAAUGCUCAUUACAUUAAUGAGGUAUUAUUGUGAACAAAAUCAUGUUAUAUAGCAUAACAAAACUGUUGUAAAGUGCAAGAAAGGGCAAGUUUAUAUACCAAUAAAAGUGAAAUUUGA